AUGAACUACGCGCAGAAGGACGAGGCGAAGGACCGUAAGACCAUGCUUUCAACUCUUUCGACUACACGUUUGGACUUCUAGCUCGCCAAAGGCGGUUGUUCGUUAUAGCUUUCAAAGUUUUUUGUUCACCGCCUAGUCGAUACAUCUAUGACUAAACCAACAAAAUAAAUGAUUUGAUUUGAUUUGAUGGCUUUUUAUUAUGAGAUUUCAUUUGGCUGGAAGCUAUGAAACUUGAUUGACUUUGAACAUAUCGGCUCUCUACGGAAGGACGUUAUAAGCGAUACAGUUAUAAUUUUUUUGCAAGUUUAGGAACUUGAAUUUACUGAAAUAUCAACACAGAACUCAAAAAAAGUAUUUACCAUUCAAAGUGUAAUUUUUGACUCGCAAAUUUGGAAAAACUUCUUUUUAAAGGAAAUGAACAAAAUUUUCAAUGUUUUUUUGAUAGACUGAGAAUUCUCGGAAAAAAAUGCAUUCUAAAAGUUAGAAUACUUUUUAUAUAAAUAGCAUAAGGAUUAAAAACAUUCAAUUUAAACGAGAAAAAUGAACAAAAAAAGGAAAGCAACUGAGAAAUAAAUUGCAGAAGAGAUAGGGGAAAGACCUACUCUGAAUCCAAGUCGGAACAAGAAUCAUUCAAGUAAUAUUAGUAAAAUUUUUUUCUCACUGUAAAUCGAAUAUGGGAAACGCCUAAAUUUUCAUGGUUUUAUCCGGUCAAACGCUAAAGGAAAUAAUAAUAUUCUUCAAAAAAAUAAUAGGUUUUACAAAAAGAAGUCGUCGCUCCUUGACAAGUUUCAGAACUAAUUAUUUUAAAAGAUUGAUAUCGAAAUCAAAAAAACAAAAAAACUUUUUUUAUCGGGAAUAUUCAUUUUAGAAGCAAAAAAAUGAGAAAAAAAUUUUUCUCGGAGGCAACAAGGAAACGUUUCAAUUAUAUGUAUAGAAUAAAAAAACUUUUUAAAGAAUCAUAGUUUUCAUCAUCAAAAAAACUCAAAAAAAGAUUAGAUUAUAGCUGAGAAAAUGAUGAAUCGAAUAUUCAAGUUCAUAGAAAACUUUAUGAAGGUUGAAAGAAACAAGAAGAAAAUGGAAAAAUGCACGAGCAAAAAUAAUAGAAUGAGCCUCAAGUCAGAGGAAAGACCUAUUUGAGAGCAAGUCGGACUGAGAAUGGUUUCUUCUCAAUACCAAAAAGAGGCGGACGAAGGCCAGACGCCUUUGGGAAGAACUUGACAACGCCUACAUCGCGUCCUGCUUCGGGAGGCAAAAGAACCGUCUCAGCGCCUCAUCAACAGGUUUUAAUGGGCCUCGAAUGGGGUUUCUACUCAUUCGCACUCAUUUUACUCAAUUGGUCGGGGAAAAAGAGCAAAGAAAUUUUGCUGACGGGAAAUAGCACCUUUUGAAAAAUACCCUCAGAAAAGAUCAUAGUGGGACUUGCGAUUAAGACGUUUUUCCCAAAUGCCGUCGUUUUUAACUUUGAAUUGAAAUGUUUGAAUUAAUAGUGAGUAGAGAAGUUUGAGAAAAAAAGAUAUAAGUAAAAAGAAAAAAAUUAGUUAAGAAAGGACUCAUUGAAACAGUAAGAAGAAGUAAUUUUGAAUUAAAAGUUUUUUUGUCGGAAAAAUUUUUUUAUUCGAGGUUCUGCUUCAAUCUCGUUCUGACUAGCUUCUAGAGAUAUUUUAGUUCUCUUGGGUCGCAAUUUUUCAAACUGUCGGUACUUUAUGUAGUAAUCUUCACUUUUUGCAGAGCGAGUUUUCGAAAUUUUCAAUUUUCUUUUUUGGGGUCCGCGCGUUUUUGUCAAUAUUUUGGAUUUUGAAGCUGGGUUCAGUUUAAUCUCAUACUUUCAGGAGUAGAUUCCAAAGUUUCUGAGGGACCUUUUUUGGUUCUGCUCUUGAUUUUUUUUCUAUUUAUAUUGCUUUUUUUCUUUUUAAAAACAGGUUUCAACAAUGCCAUCCUAUUCUUCAUUUUUUUCAUUCUGUCGGGCUCGUUUCAAGUUUCUCUCUUCAAGGGUUUUGCUUCAGAAAUUAUAACGAACUUAUCAGGAAUUUCAUACUUAUCAUUUUUCAAUUUGACGGCGAUUUACAAGUUUAAUUUUUUUUUAGCUUUAGCGGCGCACGCUUCCGAAGCUAUCGAACAGAAUUUGAAAGCUUUGGAGAUAUGUGAAAAAAAAAAUCAUCAAAAUUAUCCGUGAAAAGGUUCAAGCUUGAGAGCCAAAAUGAAAAUUCCCAAAUGAUUGAGAAAUUAUUAAAAUGGAAAGUCAGCCUUUUUAAAAAACUAAACAGACGAUAAGGUUUGAUAUCCGUUUUAGCGAAUUAUCGAUCCACGAUUAAAAAAAUCCCCAAUCCUGAUCAAUAACAUCCUCUCAGUGAGUGGCAGAAGUCGAACAUUGUAGACUAUCCUGUCAUCUGGCGUCUUGACCCGGAAAGUUUCUUGCGCAACGACGGCAAUGCUCCUGGUCGGAUGAGUACGCCAGGCCUCAAAAGCCGCUGGACCAAAAAACCGACAGAGGAAGAAAGCCACGAACUCUGGUUGUGGUUUUUCGAAACGUACGUCUUUUGA